AAUGGAUGGAUCACAAAUUCACAAUCCAUGUGAGUGUGACAAUACAGAAAUAGAGAAAACGGAGAUGGAGAUUAAGGACUCUUCUCCCUUUCCGUUGACUUUGGCGGUGCCAGGUAACCCACAAACCAAGUCUAAUCUAUCCGUGUUGUCCAACCGUCCAGAAUCAAUAUUCUUCACCACCGUCGUCCCUUCCAAAUCCAGGAAAACACCUUUGCUUGCUGAGGCGUUGGCGUUCCGCCUGAUGUGUUUUGAGACGGACUCAUUACAACUGUAUCAGUGUUGGCACCGAAGGACAAAAGGGCGUUCUUAUUUGGAUUCCAUUGUUCGUGAUUGUCGUUUUUUAGCUACUGUUUUUGAUUUUAUAAGUUUCUCUUUUGUUAGAUGCACUGGUAAUGCAGUUGCGGAUUUUCUUGCUCGGAACGCCUCCACCUAUGCUAAUUCAGUGUGGGUGGAAGUGGUUCCUCAUGCUGCGAUUUCUAUUGUAGACUCUGAUGUAAUGACUUCUUUGCCCGUUAAUGUUUAAUGCAAUUGUGGUUUACUUUCAAAAAAAAAAAAAAAACAAUGGCUUGUUUAAAUUACGAUUUGAUUCAUCCACAU